GUUUUUCCUUAGUAUUUAUAUUCUUUAUAAAGUAAGCGAACAAACCAACUAAAACAUUAUAUCUUACAUCAACAAACAACAGCUGAAGACAAACUAAACAUUACAAGCAUGGAAGGGAUAAAUGAUCUGAAUUCGUGCAGAAUGUCAGAGAAGAAAACAAGAGUAGAAGAGCAAUUGAAUUGUCCAAGGUGCAAAUCAAGCAACACCAAAUUCUGUUAUUACAACAACUAUAGCCUCACACAACCAAGAUACUUGUGCAAAACUUGCAAAAGGUAUUGGACACAAGGUGGUUCACUCAGAAACAUUCCUGUUGGAGGUAGUUCUAGAAAGAACAACAAGCUCAUAUCAUCAUCAUCACAAAAUAAUAUUAUUAAAGGCCAUGAUCUUAAUUUGGCUUUUCCAUCUAUGGACAAGUAUCCUGCAAGCAUGUUUUCUUCUACUAGUGGUUUGAUCAAUAAUUCAGCUACUAAUUAUGUUCCUAAUAAUUCCUUGAUGAUGAUGUCAAGUUCAGAUGCAUCUGGUCAGGAAAUUAAACCAACUAAUCUUGGAUUUUCACUUGAAAACAGAUAUUCUAAUUCAUAUGAAGUCCAAGUUCAAGAGAAUGUUGGGACACUUUUGUUUCCUUUUGGAGAUAUGAACCAAAUUUCUACAACUCAUCAUGUUGAAGUGGAACAUGACAAAGAACAAGGAAACUCAACCGGAUAUAAUUGGAAUGGAGUCAUAGGUGAAGGCUCAUCAUGGUAAUUGUAAUUGUAAUUGUAAUUGUAAAGAAAGAAAUGAUUUAAGUUUCACAUGCAUGGAUAAUUGAUAUGAUUUGUUUGAAGUUGUUCACAACUAACAAUAGGAUACAUUGUUUUGCAUGCUACAUUUGCUGCUAUUAGAGCAAUGUGAGGAUUUUAAUUACAUGAACUCAUCUUGAUUGUUUAAUUAUUACUUUGUUUUACCGAAAUUCAUUUUUCUUUCUAUCA